GAAUGCAACAAUCUGGUAGCUAUGGGUAACUGCUCAUGGGAAAAUUUGGCCAGCGUUGAUAAAUGACCCCCAGUGAGUUCAUUCCUCCAGAUUAGUGGCCCCGACUGAGAAGAGCAAACAGUUGUAUUCUCCAAGGGAAGAGGACCCCGUUCCAGAUGAUGGUCGUAUAGCAGAACUCCAAUAACCCAAAAAUAAAUUCUGCUACAGCUGAGGGACAUUACAGCUGUUGGUUGCUGUGAAUCCUGGGAGUUGUAGUUCAGUUGUAGAAAAAAUAGAAAUGAUAUUCUCCUGUAGGACUUCAGCCCACACAUGUUCUCUGGGCUCUUGCCUGGCGUCACUGCGGGGGGGGGGGACUAGCCCUACAGACGGGUCCCUGAGCCACCAAGGUGCCGACUCCUAUCCAGCCACUGUGUGCAGGGACCAAAGGAAUCCUGGGCCAGAAAUGAAAACUAAUAUUCCCAACUCCCUGAAAUGGAGAGACGUGAGCUGGAGUCGGAGGCAGAACAUCUGGUACCAAUCACCAGUCUGAUGGGAAAGGAUGAGGCACAGAUGCGGGUGCCCUGCAUACACCAUUGUUGGGUGUAGAGAUAAAGGUGCCAUCCAGAAAGGGACCUCAGGAGCUGGAGCCAUUGCUAAUGCUGAAUGAUUGCUCCGGCCAGAACAAUAGACCGACGUGCAAACUUGCACCGUUACUGUCGCCAUAGCAAUCGGUCUGAUAGUUUCUUUCUCACCGUGUGGCAUUGUCCCUUUUAAAUGUGAUGCCUGACUCUGAAAUUUCUACUGUGAGUGUUUAUGGAACCAGGGAUCUGGGUUAUAUGUAUGGAUGAUGUUAGCUUUAGUAAAGCAGUAUGGCAGCUCCCAAUCAUAUGUAUAAAUACAUGAAUUCUGAGAAGGAAUAUUGUGUUCAUGCAAAAAACUGCCAUUUGAUGGAAAUGGCAAUUCAACCAUUCCUAGGAAUAUCCAAUACUUCCCCUUUAAUUAGCGGAGGAGCAGUGCCAAGGCAGUGCUGUGCCAAACACCUGGUUUUUAGGAUACCUUGGACAUGAUGUGAGGGACAGGGGGUACAACAGACAAAACACAAGUGACUCAUCAUUUUGGAGCCCCAUCCUAAUUCCAAGAGGUCGGUUCCUUCCUGCGACCUCCCUGUCCCCCUCAGCUGGAAUGCCAGGUCUAUUUUUGGCCAGUCCUUGUUGUGUUUGCAGGGAAGCGGAUCUUUACAAGGGAGCACAGCCUGUUUAUACAGGUUUCCCAAAGAUGAGGGAAGAGACUGGAGGGUCUGGGAGUAAGUUUUGUGCAGCGAAGCCCAGAAGUUUCUUGUCUCUCGCAGGGGUGAGACUCACUACCAUGUGGGCAGAAGGAGUCAGUGUGGGAAGAUGAACAGCUUGGCAUCAUGUCUUAGCCGGGUGAUUGUGCUUCUCACCGUGACUGCAGUCUCAUUGUCUGUCACUUCAUCUAAAUGGGGAGAGGAAGGGGUUUUAUAUGGGAAGAUUGGAGGAAACAUCACAUUAACGUGCAACUCUAGUAACGACAGUUUGGUGGCUGAGUGGAGGUUCAAUGGCGCACCAGAUAUCUCCUGGGGCUUCUUCACUACUCUAGGCCACUUGGAGCUCCCCCAUGCCCACCAUUCAGCCACGGGCAACUACAGCUGCUACAGUCGCACUGGGGAUCUGCUGAGUUCUGUGCUGCUCAGAAUGGGAUAUCCCCCAGGGACACCGUCAGUUUUCUGUAGAGCUUCAGAUUAUGAGAACUUUUCCUGCUUCUGGAAAUCCAGUGUUGAGACGCUGCUCCCUACCAGAUUCACUGCUUCCUACCGGAGCAGGAAUCACAUCGUUGGCGUGUGCCUGCAGGAACCGGUGCGGCCCAAUAUGUGUUCCGUCAGGAAGUCGGAGUUCUGGAGCUCCUACCAGAUGAACAUCACAGAGGAAAACCCACUGGGGUCCAGUUUUCGGCUGCUGGAUGUCACGGUGCAGUCUAUAGUGAAACCGGAUCCUCCAGAGAAUCUAUUGUUGGAACCAGUCCCAUUCGCUCCCAGGAGGCUUCGUGUCAGUUGGGAUUAUCCUUCCACUUGGACCAAAGAGCCUCAUUUCCAGCUCAAGUUCCGUGUCCAAUACCGACCUGCGCAGCAUCACCUGUGGACUGAGGUGGAAACCGCCAACCUCUCUGACAUCAUAACAGACGCAUUUGCGGGAAUGGAACAUGUGGUUCAGGUUAGCGCCAAGGAUUUCCUGGACGCCGGCAACUGGAGCGACUGGAGUGUGGAAGUGAGAGCCACGCCAUGGACCAGGGAAAUAGACAGCACCACCCCGACCAGUGAGGAAACCCCGACUGAUGUGCACAGUCCUGACGCUGUGGAUCCAUUCGAUGUGCACAGCGACCCCCUGGAGAAAGUCGCCAUCUUGAUCUCUCUGGGCAUCUUUGCAUUUGUGGUCCUGGCGCUGGUCCUGAUUAUGGGGGUACUCAUCUGGGUGAAAGUGCGGAAGAAGGGAAUGGAGAACGGCAUGAAACCAGACUUCCUAUCUGUCAUUCACAUGAAGGCUUUACCCAAGGUGCAGAUUUUAUAGCAACCCUUCGUACCCCAAGAUGUGAGACACCCAGGAACCAGUCGCCGGACCCCUCAGUUACUUCAUUUCCCAUUGGGCUGAGCAGUGGCCGGUGUUUAUGAGGAAGACUCCUUCAGCUCUGUGCUUCAUCCUCCAGGGAAGAAACCAGCGUUUCGAUUGUCCCCCUUCAGUGUUUCUAUAGGGUAACAUCAUAGCAACGGGCCACCUGUCCAUAUCCACUUCUUGUGCUGUGAGUCGGCUCCACAGACUGGUGAUUGCUGCUACUCCAUAGAUCUAUUGACCUCUUGUGUAUAUAUAUAUAUAUAUUGUGUAUAUUUGUGUGUGUGUGUGUGUGUGUUAGAGACCCAGCACUGUCCCGCCCAGACUGCAUCUCUUACACCAAUCCUGGAUCUGCUCCUGUUGGGUUCAUCCUUCUGAUAAAGGACCAUUGUUACGUCUUUUCUGAAAGACUGUCUGCAUGGUAACGGACUGUUACAUCAAUCAGUUUUUAAAGCUAUGUACCCCCGGGUACCCGUCUCUGCCAGUACAUGUGGGCGAUAUUCGGGGACGCCAGUGCCCAGGUUCGGUCGCGCCUUCACGUUAAAUCUGCGGUUCUCAACUUUAUUACUGAUCCAAUUUCUCUCUCCUUUUCUAUGUAAAUAACGACUUUCUGGGCAUUCCGACACCAGCACCGACUUUUGCAGAACGUUGAAAUUCGUGGAUGAAGGAUUUAAAGCACAAGUGACUUUAUUGUACAGGUGCAGCCGCCAUAUUCCUGCCUACAGAACUGAUCCAAAGAGAGAAAGAGAGAGAGAGAGAGAGUGGUACCAAGUGUACUGAAUGGGCUCAGUCAUUGUGUUGUCAGUGAGAUCCGUGUGGGCACAGAGUGGGCACAUUAUGGGCACAGUGUUACUACCUGCUCACCAGCACUCGGGCUGUACUUGGGCAAAACCACAUUCCUGCAACACCUUCACUGGACUGUUUAUCUUCUGCAUCAUUGUUUCAGGAGUCAGAACCAGCCGUGCAGAGAAUAGAAAGGGAUACAUCCAUGAAUGUAUAUUGGGGAAAUUGCUUGACUGUCUCUCUUGGGACAGGAGACCCCUCUCAUCUCUCGGGACUUGUUUUGUGCCCCCGGGGAGUCAAUUUAUUCUCCCAGAGAGACGGGUUUAAUUGCCCCUGUGCUCACAGUAAUGAUAUGGGAUCAGUAACGAGAUGUAACUCCCUCUCCCGCAUGGUUUGGAAGGUGCUGGGAGUGGUGCAGGUCCCGCAUGGUUUGGAAGGUGCUGGGAGUGGCACAGGUUUGCCUUAUAAUCUCUACAGAGCCUGGCCGCCUGCCACCCAGGGCACCCUAACUACCCCUAGAUCUGUCUGCAACUCAUAAGCUAAGGCUUCUAGUCCAGCCAUGUGUCUGGCUGGGAGUUGUACAUACGGCAGUUAUUAUAGAACUCCCCGAGUCGUUGUCAUGACAAAUGAGAAACUGGUGGAUGAUUCGCUGACCAGAACUAAACACUAAUGCUUUAGAAUGCCUGUUCUGCAACUGCCACUACUACAACUCCCAACAUCCUUUAGUACGUUCUUUAAUUAAUGGCUUAUAUACUGUAGUGUUGCUAUGAAGAUAUUCUAUGUAACGGAUUAUUGUACAUUGUUCUGCAAUUGUUUUAUUUGGGAACCCCCCCACACACACAUUAGUAAAUACUGUGUUUCUUUGUACAGA